ACUAGAAUAAUAAUAGCUGAUUCACCACGAUAACAGGAAAAUUCGUUCGAAUCAUUUUCAUAUUGAUCUCUGGAAUUUUCUGCUACUGGUUGCGUCAUUCUUAUCCUGUGACCUUCCACAACAACCGGCGAGAGAUUGUAAUUUUUUUUGUAAUUUUAUUCAUUCACACGUACCUAAUUGCCGAACCGGUAUAUACAGCACAGUCCUGCUGAGUAUUUAUUUCGUAGUACCUCAUUGACCGUUGCUGGUGUUUUUUUAUCAGAAUCUACUUCUGUUGGUUUGAAUUUUUUUCAAGUUAUUCUCCGUGUUAAGUCAUAAAAUGGGAAUUCGCGGACGUGCUUUACAUUAUGUUUUCAAGGUUGCUGAUAGAACUAAAACAGCGAAAUUCUACAGGGAUGUCCUUGGUAUGAAAGUUUUGCGGCAUGAGGAGUUUUCUGAAGGUUGUGAGGCUUCCUGCAAUGGGCCUUAUGCAAACAGAUGGAGCAAAACAAUGAUCGGUUAUGGUCCAGAAGACUCUCAUUUUGUUGUAGAAUUAACAUACAACUACGGAGUAAAAUCCUACGAAAAGGGAAAUGAUUUCAUUUCCAUGACUAUAAAAAGCAAGGAAGCAUUACAAAGGGCAAAAGCAGUAAACUGGCCAAUAUUGCCAGAUAACAUACUGGAAGCCCCCGGAGGGUACAAGUUUAAGAUAUUAGAUGAGCCACAGCCUACUGAUUCCGAUCCUGUACAAAAAGUAACAUUGAGUUGUUCAGCUUUAAUAAAGUCGAUAACAUUCUGGAACAGCAUUCUUGGCUUAACAAUUUUUGGAAGAACUGAAACAACAGUAUUAUUGGGAUUCAAACAAGAAGAAGCCAAGUUAGAGCUAGUGCAAAGUGACGAGCCUAUAGAUAGAGCCAAGGCAUUUGGACGAAUAGCAUUCUCUUGCCCUUUUGAUCAGCAAGAAGAACUGGCCAAGAAGGUGGAUGAACAUAAGGUGAAAAUAAUCCAUCCCUUAACAGUGUUGCCAACCCCUGGAAAAGCAGACGUUCGAGUUUUGAUUGUCGCAGAUCCGGACAACCAUGAAAUAUGUUUCGUAGAUGAUGAAGGUUUCAGGGAACUUUCCAAAAUGGACCCCGAAGGAGAUAAAUUGCUCGAUAAAUAUAUCAAAACAGAUAAAUCUUAAGUGAAACUAUCCAUUCCUGGAGUUUAAUAUUAUAAAUCAAGUUAAUGCUGUUAUUUUAUGAUAAAAUAUAUAUUUUUUAUUGGAUAUUUUUGAGUGUGAAAAGAUCUCAAAUAAAAUAUUGUUUAAAAUUUCA